AUUUUAAACGGAAAUUCGUGGACUUAGAACAUAACGCCGUAACGAGUGUUUUGUUUAUCACCGUGUAGUUGCACAACAGAGAUAACAGAACAGCGUACCUUCGUAGGAGUAUGUUUUAGAACAAAGACAUAUCUUGCCGAGUUCACUAUCAUUUACUUUGAGCUCCUGGUUCCUGAUCCAUCACUUUAUUUUUAAGAGACGAGUAUUGUUGUGACAACAGAAUAAGAUGUGGAAUUCAAAACGUUUGGUAUUCUUGAGUGUUGUCGUCAGCGUAACGGUUAUACGUUUUUACAACGCAGAAACAUUGCAAUGUGACAAUUCAAUACAUAACUGCAAAAUUGUUUGCUUGAGCGAUAAUAUUGAAAAUGACAUCAAGCUUGAAUGUUCUCUCUUGCCAAGGUUUAAUAAUUCUUUACUUGAAAUCUUCAACUACAAUUUAAAAUUGGUUGAGUUGCAAAUCCGAAAUUCCGACUUAAGAGAGAUAAAACAUUUUGCAAAUGUACAACUUGAAGACCUCAGGUCGAUGAGUUUCUUCGCUUCAAAUAUUGACCAAGAAGCUUUAAGUGCAAUUCUCAUGUCAACUCCUAAUCUGAAACAUCUUAUUUUGGAAGAAGAAAACCUUCAGCAAGUGAAAAGUGCAAACUUUCCAGAAGCAUUUGGAGAAACGUUAGAAACCUUGGUGUUGAACAAUGAUAAUAUAAAUGAAAUUGAGAUAUCUGCAUUCGAAGCUUUCAAAGGAAGCUUAAAAACAUUAGAGCUUCGUGGAAACAAACUUGUCAACAUCCCAGAAGCCAUAUAUGGAUCGAAGGUUCUGGAAUUGCUUGACCUUAACAACAACAACAAAAUUAAGUCAGUCUCGAACAAGGACGUUAAUACACUGAAAACCUUGGAUAAUUUGAAAACUUUAAGAAUGAAUGAUUUGGAGUGUGAGUGCGAGAUUGAAAAGGGGUCAUUCUUUCAAUGGGUUGUACAGAAGAAGAGUUUGGAAGUGGAAUGCGCCAGCCCAAAGAAAUUAAAAUUUAAGAAACUUGACCAACUCACUAAGAAAGAUUUGUGUGAUAGUGCAGCCAGUGCCAACGCUAUGGCGUCUCUGGUUGUGAGUGUUUUGAUAACGGUGAAGCUUCUUAACUAAUACUGCGUAGUAGAUGAUUACCACAGAACUUGCGUUGUGACUACCUACUUCCAAAAACACUCAUUUUAGGCUUAAAAAAUUCGCCAACUUCUGUACAAUACAUUUUAUAAGAAUUGUGUCACACAAAUACAAAUGUGGAAUAUAUUCUGAAGAAAAGCAAGAAUUACUAUCUUUCUUGAAUAAA